AUGGAACAGGAUCAGCUGUCAAUACUCGUGGAGUCACGAGAUGGCGACAACGCUGAACUACAGACAACAACUAUUGUCUCUCGCGAGAAUGUAAGCGACGUCGUAGGCAGGCUGCACGUCGACGCCGACGACGGAGUUGCAUGGGAAGGCGGAUUCUCCGGUGACGCGCGCGACCGGCGAAGUUUACGGCAAGAUUCCAGCAAUGGCACGUCAGCAGACAGUGAAGCGGAACGGAAUGGAGUGCUGCACGAUACCAACAGCCCAUCGUCGCUGCUCUUCGGUCCGGGCAGCAAAGUCGCCGGCGACGCCAGCGAUUACGGCGGCGACGGCGAGGGCGACGGCGAGGGCGACGGCGUCGGAGAGGACGCGGAGUUGAAAGAAAAAGACAUCGAGGCGCCAAUUCGCGUGCGACGCGUGGAUUUCAACGCGGACAGCGAGAACCACUACGUGAUCGUGAUCCACGGGACGUUCGACGCGCCGCCGGCGGACGGCGCGCCGAUGUGGUACCAACCGCCGCCGCCCGGCGAGCAGAACUUCUGCCGGAAGCUCAGCCGGCUGCUCGCGCCGGGACCCAUCGGCGAGGGAGCCAUCUGGCGCGACUUGCCGUGCUCCGCGCUCCCGGGAAUCCCGUACCCGUUCCACUGGGACGGCACCAACACGCACGCCGGCCGCGUGACGGCUGCGAUGAAGGUGAAUGGAGGAAAUGAGAGGACGGUGAGCGGAGGAGGAGGGAGUGGGGAGGUUGGGAGCUACGAGCUGAUCAAGAAGUGGCGCCGCAUCGACAUGCGCAAAUCCUGGUGGCGCUUCUUCCCCUUCCUCGUUGUGUACCGAGGCUUUAAUGGGCAGAAAACAGUGGGAGUGAAGGAGAGCUACCCGUGGGCGUACCAGCAGUGGCUGGACUCGCUGCUGCGCCUGCCGGCAGUGCGGCAGCGGCGCUUCCUGGCGUUCCGCCACGCCACCUCGCCCAUCACCAACGCCCUCGGCGCCCUCGUCUUCCUCGGCACGCCCUUCUACAUCAAAAAGUGGCAGACCAACGGGCUGCUGUGGUUUGCACUCUCCUUGCUCUUCUCGGUGGCGCUGAUGUAUGUCUUCAUAAUCGCCUACACGUCCUUCAUCCAGUUCAUC